CAAAUACAACGCCUAACGGAAAAGGGAAAAAUAGCAAUCCAUCUUCUCCCUGUCUUCUGGUUUCUGGGGGGAGUGGGAUCUCUCUUCUGAGUUUCUCUAUUCCUAUCUCUCUCCGCUGUAUACAUAUAUAGAAUAGGAAUAGAAUCAAAAUCCCAGAGAAUAAUAUAAUUGGUGAGGGUGGGAAGUGGAACCCAACUCAACUGGAAACUGAAUGGUGAUGGCGAAGAAGCCCCAGAGCCACUCCCACUCGCUGAUGAUGAUUUCUUCCCCACUCUCCCUUUUCUUCCCAAGAGGCGGAGACAGCCGUCUUUACUUCAUCGCCCUCCUCUCUCUCCUCUCUCUUCUCCUCCACCGUCUGUCUAUCUCAGCCGCCGCCUCCUCCUCCUCUUCCUCUCAACCCCACUUCGAAGGCUUCGACGCCGAUGAGGAUGACGACGAGCAGCUCUCGCUCGCUACCGACCUCCCUCUUCGCUCCCCUCCUCCUCCCACCACCCUCUCUUCUCCCUCUGACCCCACUGAAUCCCACCAUGGACCUCCCUCUCCGGAUCCCAAACCCAAGUCCUCCGACGACUCUUCUCCCAGCUCGGAUUUGAAACAGCCUGCUCCUCAAACCACCACCUCGUUUGAGUAUUACUGGGAUGAAGAUGAAUUCGAAGGGUUCCCCCAACAUUUCCCUUCUGAAAUACCUGAUGAAUCUAAGGACUCAGCCUCCGCCGCUGCCGGCUCCGAUCACAAACCGGAUUCCGGUUCACCCGAAUCCGAACCCAACGCCACUGUCACUCCUUCGAGAUCAAUCAAGUCAUUUACGGUUGAAAUUGUAUGUGGGUCGUUUUUAAUUGUGUUUAUUGUUAACUACUUUACUGGGAAAAAGGAGAAUGAGAAUAUAGCUCUAUCUUGGGUGAUGAAAUUUGCGUCCAAGGAUUCUAUUUUCGAUAAGAAUUUUAGCUUGUUAGGCAUUGGGGAGGCCGAUGAUUCGCCUUUGCUGCUUAAAGAAGGGCAGAGUGUGUUUAAAUUUUACGCGAGCGGCAGGAGAUUUUGCCAGGGAAUGUUGGCGACGUUGGAGUUGAAGAGCAGGCAUGAUUUGAUAUCGAGGUUGUAUAACAUGGUGGUGCCUUGUAAAGAUGAAAUCACUUUUGAGGUGUAUAUGAAUGAUGAUGCCAUGGAUCAAGUGGUGUUUGCUGUAGCGAGGAAGAAGCUGGCAAAAACAAUGCAAAAGGAGGAUAGGGAUUUGCAGAGGUUUGCGGGUUUGGUGGCACCUCCUAGCGGGAGGAAGUGGCUGGUUGAGGAGUUGGCUGUUGUAUCGGAGUCUAAGGAGGUUGCUGGGGAUUUGAUCACCGAGGCCGCCCUUGAUCAGGUAUUUGGUGAAAAAGCUUUUGACAAGUUUGGGAAGGGUUUCAUCUCACUGCAUUUCUCCGACCAACAUUUGGGUUCACACAAGAAGAUGCUGGUGUUCAAGUUUGCUUUGCCUGAUGCCAAAAAGAUGGCUGACAUGUCCCGAUUGGUGGCUCUUGUGCCUUAUUACAUCGACUUAAUUGGCCGGUACAAACUAAGCUCACAUGCUCGCUCAAAAACUGAAGCAGCCAGGUUAAAGGUGGCUCAAGAGAUAUACAAGGAACUUCAGAAUACCCGACAAGAAGCCUUGCAGAAAAAGAAAGCUGAUCAGAGGAAGAAGAUGGAGGAGGCUGAAGCCAAGCUUAGUGCUGAGGCUCUUCGCAAGAAAGAGGCGAAAGAGCGGGCUCGUCAGAUGAAAAAGGCCAUGCCAAAAAUGAAGAUGACCAGGGCUUAGCCGUAUGUUUGUAAGUUGCAUCUGUUGGCCAGGACGUCUGGAAAUCUUUGGGUCCUGUCAACGUUCUUUGUUUCGGAUUAUGUUAGUUGCAUUGACUCCUAUUUCCAAGGGGAGGACAAUAGUAGAUUGAAUGAUACUACUCCACGGUUCUGUACUUCGGUUUAGAUAGUGCGCAAAACUACCACACCUUUGUGGCCUUUACCGUAGCGUUGGUUUUGAUAAAGAAAUUGAUUAAUUGCUUCAAGGGACAAGACAAUUUUGCAAUUAAUCUGAAGAUCAGUUCCAUUGAGACGGUUUUUUGGGGUUACCGGUUAGGGAGUUGGCAUGUUUUUAUAUGUAUAAUAGCCAAUAGGUUGUGUAAUAGGUUUAUACAAUGGUAAUAAGAAGCUUCAUGACAA